AUGCGUCUCCCUUCCGCCAUCUCCUCAGUCCUAUCCAUCUCCCUCUCCAUCUUCCUCCUCACAGCAAUCCCCCACAUCUCCGCAGAACACACCUCCAAUUGGGCUGUUCUCGUAGGCACCUCCCGAUUCUGGUUUAACUACCGCCAUCUCGCCAAUGUCCUCUCCCUCUACCGCACUGUCAAACGCCUCGGAAUCCCUGAUUCGCAGAUCAUCCUCAUGUUACCGGAUGACAUGGCCUGCAACCCGCGCAACGCAUUCCCCGGAACUGUGUAUAACAAUGCUGAUCGCGCCCUGGACCUCUAUGGCGAUAACAUUGAGGUAGACUACCGUGGCUACGAAGUAACGGUGGAGAGCUUCAUUCGACUCUUAACGGACCGGCUGGGUGACGACGUGCCCCGCAGCAAACGUCUGGGAUCUGACGCGGGUAGCAACGUCCUCGUCUACAUGACUGGCCACGGAGGUGAAAAGUUCUUGAAAUUCCAGGACUCAGAGGAGAUUGGCGCCUGGGAUCUGGCUGAUGCCUUUGGCCAGAUGUGGGAAAAGAAACGCUAUCAUGAGCUGCUCUUUAUGAUUGACACCUGCCAGGCUAACACUAUGUACACGCACUUCUACUCCCCCAAUAUCAUUGCUACCGGCUCCAGCGCCCUCUCCCAAUCCUCCUAUUCCCACCAUGCUGAUAGUGACGUGGGUGUUGCGGUCAUCGACCGCUGGACGUAUUACAUCCUCGAAUUCCUUGAAACCCAGGUUACAAACCAGAAUUCGAAACGUACUCUGGGCGACCUUUUUGAUUCCUACGACGAGGACAAGAUCCAUUCUCAACCUGGGGUACGGUGGGAUUUGUUCCCCGGUGGCGAGUUCGAGGGGAGACGGCGCAUGGUAAUGGAUUUCUUUGGAAAUGUCCAAAAUGUCGAUGUCGAUGGCGACAAUGCAAAUAUAACAGAUCCAGGAUCUCUGAAAGAAGAUCUCGUAGCUAUUGCAAGGCUAGUUGAGGAGUGGAAACGGCGAGAGUCACAUGAACAAGCGUCAUCCAUGGAGCCUAUCUCAUCCAACACAACAGAAACCGUACCCACUUCCACCCCUCCUUACCAAAGGUCUCCUGGUGCUAUGAAAAUGGAUGACUCUAAAAGCUGGAGUAAUCAACUCGUGGGACUCUCUGUUUUGACGAGUUUGGGAGCAGUGUGGUUUGCCGGUUCUCUACUUGGAAAGUCAUAG